CAAACGUUAUACGCAUUGGGUUUCUGUAGGAGAGAGGGUCGCUCAUUGCGGUAAAAAUAGUAAUAGACACUGGAAACAGAAGGAAUUUCUUUCCAAACAGACACUGCUGUUUACUACAGACGGGAACACUCUUUAUUCUAAGCUAAUUGUUCAACACAAAGAUGAAUUUUGAGCAGCCCCCUCCAUACCCAGGCAGCGGCCCCACUGCUCCAGGCUAUCCAGCCCAGGGCCCACCUCCACAAGGCUACCCACCUCAGGGUUAUCCUCAACAGGGAUACCCUGUGAACAUGGAGCAGCCUAAUCCAGCAUACCCCAACUACCCUGCCGGACCAGGGGGCCCAGGAGGUCCUUAUCCAGGCCAAGGACAGCCUCCUUAUCAUGGAUACCCUGGACAACCACAGUUUGGCUGGCAGGGGGGACCCCCUCCUGGGCCUAUGUAUGGGGAAGCUCCCAAAAACACAGUGUACGUAGUGGAGGACAGGAGAAGAGACGACACAGGAGACACAUGCCUGACAGCCUGCUGGACAGCUCUGUGUUGCUGCUGUCUCUGGGACAUGCUGACAUAACGCUUUUCACCAACUGUUCACCCCCAUUACCUCCUUGCUCCCCAUUUCUGUGCCUUGAACUCCAUCACCCUCUUCCCUGUCUGCCUUAAACCUCGCACUCCCUUAAAACUACCCCUCCAUUUCCUCUACCCGUUCUUUGCUUGUCUAUGAAUAAAAGAUCCCAUAUGGAAGUCUCUUCCCAGGGCCACCCACUCUACCUUGAUGUGAAACCCUCAGCACUGACUGACUGACUGACCGACCGACCCUGUCCGGGGGCUACUCUGUAGCAGCUUGUAACUGAGCUCCUAAACAUAACCUGAAUCUCAGGCUCUUCACUGUAAUCGCACACACACACACACACACACACACACACACACACACACACACACACACACACACACACAUACACAGAAGGUAGAUACACAAAACACACACAAUACAGUAUACUUGGAUCUCAGGCUCAUCUAGUGUGAUGCUCUUUGGCACUUUAUGAUGAUUACCUCUGUAAGAUACUAAUCCUGCCUGCCUCUUCAACCAUCCUUCCCAAACCGCCCUUCAGCUAUGCUACUGACCCUGCCCAAUGACUACCCCUUAUCCUGGACCCCUCCAUCGCCCAAAGGCCACUAAAACCCUGGCUGCUAAUGAGUCACAGGGUGCUCUUAAGAAGUUCAUGCUUGAAACGUAUCCCUUUCAUUUGCACACAAGCUGUUUUUGCCGACGUUCGUCUUCAGGUGGAAUCAUAUGACAAUAAAUGGAAUGCAUUUUUAAAGAUGAUA